GCAUUACUCCCCUUUCGUAAAGAGACACAACAAAUGGAAGAUUUGCUAAACUUAUUGGAAUCUUAUUUAUUCAUUGCUUUUAAACACAUUUCCUUUACUACAGUAUUGAUAGUGCUCGCCUGCAUUCUACACUAUUUCAACAUGCGUCAGGCGGUUACGUUUGUCCUCCCCUUCAUUCUGAUGUCUACCUUUUGUUCAGAGGAGGGGCGAGGGGAAGAGAAGGUUGCAUUUAUUGGCGAGUCAAGAUUCGAGUAUAAAUACAAAGUUUUACAGAAAUUAGUGCAGCUCGAGGAAGGUCAAUCAAAACUUGAACUGAAACUGAAGGAAAAAUCAAAUAUAAUUGAACAUUUAACCGAAGAGCUUAAAGAGCCACAUGCAUCGAUUGAAGCGUUAAAUGAUGUUAUUGAUAAGAUGGAAGAGGAAGGGCCUGGCCAAGGCGAAACUUACGUAAGAUGGGGACGAACAACAUGCCCAGAUAAUGGAGCAGAACUCGUGUAUGACGGGUAUACAGCAGGUUCUCACUUCACUCACAGCGGAGCAGCGGUAAAUUACCUAUGUUUGCCAAAAAAAACAUCGUGGGCAAAGUACAAUGACGGUGUACAGGAGUAUCGGGGGUAUGUUUUUGGCGCUGAAUAUGAAGGGGUGCUAGUUGCUGGAUAUUAUAAGCAUACUGCUGCAUCUGAAUACGUGUGUUUGGACGAAUCUCCGGAGAGCAUAGAAGGUAGCAAUGCAGAUCAAAAUGGAAUUUUAAUGUAUUCUGUUGAAGGAAGAUGUGGUUCACUAAAAUGCCCACCAUAUAUAGAUGGGCGUGAACUUUCUUGCGUUGUUUGCUCUUAUACUUCAUAUCAACGUACGAGAGGUAACCAAAACAGGCAUUGGACGAGUGGGAAAUAAAUAUGUUUUAUGUUUUUAAUUUUGCUAAACAAAAAUUAAGAUUUCCAACAUUUUAUCCAGCUUUGUAUGAAUAUUUAGGACUACCCCGUUUGCUCAA